AUGAUAUUCUCAGACCAGGAUCUCGACGGCGACCACAUAGCAGGCCUGCUCAUCAACUUCGUGCAGUCGUCCUGGCCGUCCGUGCUCCAAAUCCGGCCCGACUUCUUCCAGCGCUUCGCCACGCCGAUCCUCAAGGUCUUCAAGAAGGCAGCCAAGGCCGGCGCGCAGGAGCACGCCGCGUUCCUCUCCGAGGGCGAGUUCGCCAGGUGGCAGCAGGAGCACCCCGACUGGCGCGGGUCUUUCCGCGCGAAGUACUACAAGGGGCUCGGCACGUCCACGAGGGAGGAGGCCAUCGGGUAUUUCUCCGACCCCGAGAAGCACUCGAUCUCUUUCCGCAGGGAGGGCGAGGAGGACGACCGCUCGGUGGAGCUCGCGUUCGGCGCCGACGAGUCAGACGCCCGCAAGCAGUGGAUCGCAGACGGCCUGCACGCAGGGGAGCUGGACUACAACAAGGACUCCGCGUCGCUCAGCCAGUUCAUCAACCUGUCGCUGGUGAAGUUCAGCGCCUACAGCUGCGAGCGCGCGAUCCCGUCGCUGAUGGACGGUCUGAAGCCCUCGCAGCGCAAGGUGGUUCACGUGGCGCGGAAGAUGAGCGUUGAAGAAGAUGUAGUGCACAUCAGGUCGGGAAGGUCAUCGAGCAGACGGCAUACCACCACGGCGAGGCGUCCCUCGAGAAGGCCGUCGUGCACCUCGCGCAGGACUUCGUCUUCACGAACAACGUCAACCUCCUGGAGCCAAUCGGCAUGUUCGGCGCCCGCCUGGCUGGGCGCGACGCGCACGCGAGCGCGCGCUACAUCCACACGCGCGCCUCGCCACUGGCCCCGUUCGUGUUCCGGAGGGAGGACGAUUCGAGGGAGGGAGAGUUGCAUAUAG